AAAAAACCCAAACUAUCUAACAGCCAUCAUGGUUCUCAUCUGGACUCAGUUCGGUAUGAAGCACAAAAAUGUCAAUGUCAAGUGCAAAGUGCGGGUCAUGCACAGGGGUGACAGCUCAGGAUCAUCAUCAUCAGCGGAAAGCACCAAGUCUGAGCAGGACACGCCUUGCCUGUCCAUCAAACCCACUGGCAAGGACUUCUAUAAAAUCCUGGGUGUCUCCCCUGAAUCCAAUGAAGACGAGAUCAAGAAAGCCUACAGGAAGAUGGCUCUCAAGUUCCAUCCAGACAAGAACAGUGAUGCUGAUGCAGAGGACAAAUUCAAAGAGAUCGCAGAGGCCUACGAGAUCCUGACAGACAGCAAAAAGAGAAGCAUAUAUGACCAGUUUGGAGAAGAAGGCCUCAAAAAUGGAAUGUCAAUGGCGGGCCAAGGCAACGUUUUUCGCAAUAAUUUCCCCAGUGACCCCCACGCCACCUUCUCCUCCUUCUUCCAUGGUUCUGACCACUUUGACAUCUUCUUUGGCUCGGAUGCUGACAGCGAAGAUGACCUAUUCAACCCCUUCAGGCGGUUCCCCUUCAGCCACGUGGGAGGAUUCGCCGGCUAUGAGGGCGGUCUGCGAAGAGGCCAGCGGCGGCUGCAGGGCAAAGAGGUGGUGCACGACCUGCUGGUGACCCUAGACGAGGUGAUGCAUGGCUGCACGAAGCAUAUGAAGAUCGCCCGCAGCCGCCUCAACCCAGACGGUUGCAGCCUGCGAUCUGAGGACAAGGUGCUAAAUGUGGUGGUGAAGAAAGGCUGGAGAGCAGGGACCAGGAUCACCUUCCCAAGGGAGGGAGAUGAGACGCCCAACAGCACCCCUGCAGACAUCACCUUCAUUCUCAGGGACAAGGAGCACACCCACUACAAGAGAGAUGGCUCCAACAUCGUCUACACAGCCAAGAUCACCCUCAAAGAGGCUCUCUGUGGCUGCACAGUAAACGUCCCAACACUUGACAACCGGAUGAUGCCUCUACCAUGCAGCGAUGUUAUUAAACCAGGUGCUGUCCGGCGGCUGAGGGGCGAAGGUCUGCCCCUGCCCAAGAGCCCAUCCCAGCGAGGCGAUUUGGUGGUGGAGUUCCAGGUGCUCUUCCCCGACAGGAUCCCACCACAGUCCCGCGAGAUCAUCAAGCACAGCCUGGCCCAGUGCUAGCCUGCUUUAUUUAAAGACCUGAUUGACGCAGCUUCACCAUGUGUGUGUUGUUAUCAGUUCACAAAAACACGGCCUUGCCCAAGGUGCUAGUAUCGCAACCAAUCACAACCUCUUAUGUGUUUGGAAAUGGCAAGCAGCGCUUAAGUGAGGAGUGACUUUCUGCAGGUGUUAGGCAUGAUGCACAACAACUAUGAUGCUACAUGGAGCAGUGAGUUCAAAACUGAUGAAUGGGGUCUUUGGUAUCUGAGGGCGUCCAUUGACUCAAUAGCCUUUCUCUUGAAUGAAAAGAUAAUAUGUACUGUUAUACUUGCAAACCUAUGGCAGGAUCUCAGUGUGCUAAUAAAGUCUGUAUAGACUUCCUUAAACCGGAA